AUGCUGGAAAAGACUCUCUCACCCAUGACCUGGCUCUGCAUUCUCAUUGUGGCCUUUGCCAGCUGCCCAGUGUGGCCACAGAAGCCCCCUAGUCACAGGAUGCCCAUACCACUCCAACCGGCUUCCUGCUGUGAGGAGGUGAAGGAACUUGAGGCCCAAAUUGCCAACCAAAGCGAUCUACUGAGUGAACUGAUGAAGGACAGAGACUGGCCCAGCUUUACCAUGCAGGUGACAGGACCAGAGGGCAGUAACAGGCACAUAUCAUUGUGGCUCACAAACGAGGACACCAAGUUCCCUGAAAUGAACAAUGAGAUCGACAUUACACAGGCAGCACAGACUUCGGCAGAUGCCAUCUAUGACUGCUCUUCCCUCUAUCAGAAGAACUACCGCAUCUCUGGACUGUAUAAGCUUCCUCCCAACGACUUCCUGGGCCGCCCUAAGGCAGAGGUGUUCUGUGACAUGGAGACUUCAGGCGGUGGCUGGACCGUCAUUCAGAGACGAAAGAAUGGCCUUGUCUCCUUCUACCAGGACUGGAAGCAGUACAAGAAAGGUUUUGGCAACAUCCAUGGGGACUUCUGGCUGGGGAAUGAACACAUCCACAGGCUCACCAGACGGCCAACUCAGCUACGUGUGGAAAUGGAGGACUGGGAGGGCAACGUGCGCUAUGCUGAGUACAGUCACUUUGCUCUGGGCAAUGAAGUGAGCAGCUACCGCCUCUUCCUGGGGAACUACAGUGGCAAUGUGGAGGAUGACGCCCUCUUCCAUCAUAAUGACACAGCCUUCACCACCAAGGACAAGGACAACGACAGCUGUUUGGAAAAUUGUGCCAAGUUACUUAAAGGUGGAUACUGGUACAAAUGCUGCGCAACCUCAAACCUCAACGGGGUGUACUACAACCCUGAAGAGCAAUACAAGCACCUGAAUGGCCUCACCUGGAUCGGCUGGCAUGGGACUACCUACUCCCUAAAACGGGUGGAGAUGAAAAUCCGCCCAGAAGACUUCAGGCCCUAAAAAGAGAGCUGCUGUGGAACAGGGAUGCAGAAAUAGAGAGAA